UCUGCAUCUUGCGUGAGCCUGAUGCCCAUCGUCCGUCUGGUCCUGGGAACCUCUCCAGAGUUCACCUGACUCUCUCACUUGCUCCUCUGUAGUGACUGUAGGCAAACAGAGCUACUUAUUCUUAUUUUCACAGUCAAGAUACUCUAGAAACUUAGAGUUAAGUCAACAUCCAAAGCAAGAUGUCAGCUUCCUCAAAACAUUUUAUUUUCAAGAAAUCCAGUACCCAGCACAUGGAAGCACUUUUUUUUCUGGGGUUUGCCACAGACCCGGGUCGUGGUUUUCAAAUGUGAAGCCUUUUCUGGAUGUGCUGUUCUCAGGCAGACGUGAAUCUACGUGGUCUCUGGAGAAGAUCAGCCCAUCAGGGUCCUAAAGAGCCUUCGUUCUUCAGCUGGCUUCCUACAUACAGUUCUGUGAAAGAGAUCAGAGAGUGAAAGAAAGAUGGCGGGGGAUUCAAGCCUGCUGGCUGCAGUCUCCCUUCUCUCUGCCUGUCAGCAAAGUUAUUUUGCUUUGCAAGUCGGACGAGUAAGAUUAAAAUACAAGAUCGCACCUCCAGCAGUCACGGGCUCUCUGGAGUUUGAGAGAAUAUUUCGCGCACAGCAAAACUCUUUGGAGUUUUAUUCCGUAUUCAUCAUAUCGCUGUGGAUGGCUGGAUGGUAUUUCAAUCAAGUUUUUGCAACCUGUCUGGGUCUCCUGUACAUAUACGCCCGUCACAAGUAUUUCUGGGGCUAUGCAGAAGCCGCUGAAAAAAGGAUCAUUGGUUUCCGGCUGAGCCUGGGCAUUUUGGCCUUGCUGACUGUCCUCGCUGUCCUGGGGGUAGCAAGCAGAUUCCUGGACGAAUACCUGGACUUUCAUGUUGCCAAGAAACUGAAGCGGCCCUUCUAAGUUUUUCUUCCCUUUCAUGCUUGUAGAGGCCUCGGCACCACUCUGAAAACAAUAUGAUGUCAUGUGUGAAAUAAAAACUUUUAUUUGUCUUGC